UUGGGCCAACUGUCCUUGUUCUUCCCUUAAAUCUUAUACUUGUGAUUCAAAAUUCAGAGAGCCAAAACAAGACCAGUUUAUCUAUCCCUCAAAUGGAGGAUGCUGAAGGAGUCCUCAGCUUCGAUUUCGAAGGCGGCCUAGACAGUGCUCCCGCCAAUCCAGCUGCGCCAUCCGGGCCUUUGGCCCCGUCUGAUUCUCCCGCCGUUGCUACCGCCGCAGCUAAUGGUGCGCCUCCUGGGGCUGCCGAUCCUAUUGCGAGCAAUAUUCCCGGUCGCCGGAGUUUCCGGCAGACGGUUUGCCGGCACUGGCUUCGUGGACUCUGCAUGAAGGGCGAUGCCUGCGGCUUCUUACACCAAUAUGACAAAGCGCGGAUGCCCGUUUGCCGGUUUUUCAGAUUAUACGGUGAGUGUCGGGAGCAGGACUGCGUGUAUAAGCACACAAACGAAGAUAUCAAGGAGUGUAACAUGUACAAGUUGGGAUUUUGUCCAAAUGGUUCUGAUUGCCGGUAUAGGCAUGCAAAAUUGCCUGGACCUCCCCCUCCUGUGGAAGAAGUGCUUCAAAAAAUUCAGCAUUUAUAUUCUUACAAUUAUGCCAAUUCCAACAAAUUUUUCCAACAAAGAGGGUCUGGCUAUUCUCAGCACGCUGAGAAAUCUCACUUUCCACAAGGUCCUAAUUCUGCAAACCAAGCUGUCCCUGGAAAGCCGCUAGCAGCAGAAUCAGGCAAUGUCCAGCAGCAGCAGCAGCCAAUACAACAGUCUCAGCAGCAGGGUAGCCAGAAUCAAAUACAAAAUACUACUAAUGGCCAACCCAAUCAGACGAACAGAACAGCGACACCUUUACCUCAAGGAAUAUCUAGGUAUUUUAUUGUUAAAAGUUGCAAUCGUGAAAAUUUGGAGCUAUCUGUUCAACAAGGAGUAUGGGCAACUCAAAGGAGCAAUGAGGCUAAAUUGAAUGAAGCCUUUGACUUGGUGGAGAAUGUGAUAUUGAUUUUCUCUGUCAACAGAACUCGACAUUUUCAGGGUUGUGCAAAAAUGACAUCCAGAAUUGGGGGCUCGGCUACUGGGGGUAAUUGGAAAUAUGCACAUGGAACUGCACAUUAUGGACGUAACUUCUCAGUUAAAUGGCUAAAGUUAUGUGAAUUGUCAUUUCACAAGACUCGCCAUUUAAGGAAUCCAUACAAUGAGAACUUACCAGUAAAGAUAAGCAGAGAUUGCCAAGAACUGGAGCCUUCUAUUGGUGAGCAGUUGGCAUCCUUGCUUUAUCUUGAGCCAGAUAGUGAACUUAUGGCUGUCUCACUUGCGGCAGAGUCUAAGAGAGAGGAAGAGAAAGCAAAGGGAGUGAAUCCAGAAAAUGGAGGAGAAAAUCCAGAUAUUGUUCCAUUUGAGGACAAUGAAGAGGAAGAAGAGGAGGAAAGCGAUGAAGAGGAGGAGAGCUUUGGUCCAGGUGUUGGGCCAGCUGCUCAAGGUCGAGGUAGGGGCAGAGGUAUGAUGUGGCCUCCUCACAUGCCUAUGGGCCGUGGGGCCCGGCCUAUUCCAGGAAUGCAGGGUUUUCCUCCAGUAAUGAUGGGAGAUGGAUUAUCCUAUGGACCAGUUACUCCCGAUGGAUUUGGUAUGCCAGAUCUAUUUGGUAUGGGCCCUCGUGGUUUUGGUCCCUAUGGUCCUAGGUUCUCUAAUGAUUUUGCAGGGCCCCCAGCAGCAAUGAUGUUUCGCGGGCGACCCUCACAACCUGGGAUGUUUCCAGGUGGUGGGUUUGGGAUGAUGAUGAAUCCUUCACGUGCUCCCUUUAUGGGUGGAAUGGGGGCUGCAGGUGGAAAUCCACCACGGGCAGGUAGACCAGGCGGUAUGCCUCCAAUGUUCAUGCCACCCCCGCAACAUCAGAACACCAACCGUCUUACUAGGAGAGAUCAAAGAACUAAUGAUCGGAAUGAUAGAUAUGGUUCAGGGCCAGAGCAGGGAAAGGGUCCAGACAUGAUGGGUCAGGCAGGUGGACCCGAUGAUGACAUGCAAUAUCAGCAAGGAUUCAACGCAUCCCAGGAGGAUCAGUAUGCUGUCGGAAACAACCUGAGAAAUGAAGAGAGUGAAAGUGAGGAUGAGGCACCUCGGAGAUCCAGACACGGUGAAGGGAAAAAAAGAAAAGGCGAAGUCUAGAAGAUGCUGACUCAGACUAAUAACAAGUUUUUGCUAUUCCCUGAACACCAGAACUGCUGAUCCACUCACUCGGGGACGACUUUUCUUGCCUUAGGCUGUCCUCCUUUUUUGUUUCUUGAUCUUUUUUAACGGAAUAAGACCACAAGAUCUUGUGAGUUGUCUUUUGCAUGAAGGACUCUUGGGUUGCGGCAGAAAAUAUUAUUUGAAGUUGUGUUCACUAGUCAUUAAUUGUUUGUUUCUUAAUGUGAAUAUGUUUCAUAUAGGACGUUAACUAUUCAUGUAACAGUAUUAGAGUAUCAGAAUGAUGAUUCCAUGGUCGAACCUGAUGAAUCCAUUACACCAUGUGAUCUGUAAGGUACUCUUAUAUUAUAGAGCUCUAUUAAAAAAGGUCAGGCAGUUUACAUGUUACACCCAUGUAGUUUGCGUUUGUGCUUAAUGCGUGUAAGUGCCAAGUGGUGGGUGGAUUGACUAUUGCAUAAGGAUAUUUGCUGCACGAAUUUGUUAA